AUGAGAUGCACUCAUCAGAUUGUGGGCAAAUGGCAGCUCAUUUGGUUGUCCCUUUCUCUUUUCAGCUCAUUUCAGACGAAGCCGUCUUAUCUUCCUCAGCACUCGCUUGACUCUGCUCUGUCCACGGGUCGUGUCUCGAGUCCCGCAGGUCAGGCACCCCCGACGCUGUCUUUGUCAGUUGUCCCGGACGUCGACUCGGCCCACUUCACGCCCCCCAACCUCUCGCCGCUCUCGCCGGUGCGCAACUGCGAGCACCCGCUGCGCUUGCGCCACAAGUCGGACCCCAACCGACCCUGCUUGUCCGGUCCGUUCUGCGGCCAGAACGGCAUUCGUCUCGACUCCUGCCCCGAACACCGGCCGCCCCACUGCUUCACCUCGCCCCAACACGGUCUGCCGCAUGCCGGCCGUAACCAGGCGCACCGCGGCCUCCAACCGCAUCAGCAACUUCCGGCGGUCGGCGGCAAUCGCGUCUGUCCGGCCGGUCACCAGCCCGCCAGACAGUCCCUCCCGUCCGAGGCUUGUCGCCACACUCGGCGACACGGUUCCGGCCAGACGGCCAACACCGACCGCGACUUCACGUGCCUUGGCAACGAAAUGCAAGAGACGGAAGAGGAGGCCGGCGACGACGAGGCUUGGCCGGGACAAGCGGACGUCUACGACGACAUGCUCGAAGUGGACCAGGUUGACGAGAUGCGCCCAGCAGCGCCGACUUCUGCAUUCUCGUGCCGCAAAGGGAGGGACGCGAAUCCACCGGACACCCGCUUCUGCCAAGCCAGACUGAGUCUGCAGACCGGCAGUCUCCAUGGCGCUCGUCCGGAAUCGACGCCCGGUAUCUACUGCCAACAGGGGCAAUGGAGACGGGCUAGCGAGGACUCACCGGUCAGUUGUAAUGUGACUUCGGAGGCAGUCCGCACAAGGGGUGAGCAAUUGUGGCUAUUCUAG